CGCCGAUCUGCAAGUCAAGGUCUCAGGGUGUGAGCUUGUAUUACAUAUGUCAUAGAAACCUUAGACUUGGGGCGGGGGCCAAAACAGUUUUGCUGUCGACGCGACAAUCUCGGGGCAAGCAUGGAACAGCCAGUACCGAGAUCCCCAGAAUCAGAGGGAAAACGGCGAAUCCAAGAGGAGGACGAAGAAGAAUGGAUCGGCCCUAUGCCAAUAGAAGCCGUCAAGCCUAAGAAAAGAAAAGUUCUUGAGUUUGAGGAUACAUUUCUGAAAAAUCUACCCUCGGCUGAGCUGUACGAAAAGAGCUACAUGCAUAGAGAUGUCAUUACACACAUUGCAGUCAGCAAGACAGAGUACAUCAUCACGGCAAGCUGCGAUGGUCAUGUGAAGUUCUGGAAAAAACAAGAUCUUGGCAUCGAGUUUGUCAAACAUUUCAGAGCACAUCUCGGACGAAUAGGGAGCAUAUCAGUCAGUGUGGAUGGCACGUUACUCUGUACUGUAGCUGAUGACAAAUCUAUGAAAAUAUUUGAUGUCGUAAAUUUUGAUAUGAUCAACAUGAUGAAGAUUGAUUACGUGCCCGGAUGUUGCGAGUGGAUUUUUCGGUCUGGUGAUGCUAUUCCUGCAUUGGCAUGUUCGGACAAAGCGUCAGGUAACAUUCACAUCUACGACGGCCGGUCAAGCAGUGUGGCUGUCCACACCCUCAGCUCGUUGCAUAGUUGUCCUGUCAUCGGAAUGAAGUAUAACCCUAUCUUUGAAGUGGUGCUGUCGGUAGACAAACAGGGCCUCGUCGAGUACUGGACAGGCCCUAAGAAAGACUUCAAAUUCCCGACACAAGUUGCCUUCCAGUAUAAGACGGACACAGAUCUCUAUGAGUUCGUCAAGUGCAAGACGUUGCCAAUGGGACUCACAUUUUCACCCAAUGGAAAGCUAUUUGCUACUCUUGCCAAAGACAGAAAGGUUCGGGUUUUCAAGUUUUUGACGGGCAAGCUGAUGCGGGUCUUUGACGAGUCCCUGCAGACAUUCAGCGAACUGCAGCAGAUGCGACAACAGCUGCCUGACAUGGAGUUUGGACGUCGCAUGGCUGCCGAGAGGGACUUGCAGAAAUCAGAUGCCUUCUCCUUGGCAAACAUCGUUUUUGAUGAGACAGGCAACUUUGUUCUGUAUGCUACCAUGCUUGGUAUUAAGACCCUCAACCUCUACAGCAACAAAUGCCCCAGGAUGCUGGGCAAGCCAGAGAACAUCCGCUUCUUACAGCUUGCCCUCCACCAAGGCGUUAGUAAACCCAGCAAGGCUGCCCUCUCAGUGGAGAUGCAGGCCUCGGACAACCCCACCCUCGUCAAUGUGACCUCUGACCCCACGCUGGUCUGCACCGCCUUCAAGAAGAACCGCUUCUAUCUGUUUUCUGUCCGGGAACCAGAGGAUGCCAAAAGCGCUGAGGCCGAACGUGACGUUUUCAAUGAGAAGCCUUCAAAAGAAGAACAAAUGGCAGCAACACAGGGUACAACAUCCCAGAGGUUAUCGAGUCAAGCCUGCAUACACACGUCGAUGGGAGAUAUCACGAUUCAACUCUUCUCCAAAGAAUGUCCAAAGACAGUGGAGAACUUCUGCGUGCACAGCAGGAACGGUUACUACAACGGACACACCUUCCAUCGUGUCAUCAAAGGCUUUAUGAUUCAAACCGGCGACCCGCUAGGGAACGGCACAGGUGGUGAGUCUAUCUGGGGUGGUGAGUUUGCUGAUGAAUUUCACCCUACAUUACGACACAAUGAACCUUACACACUCAGCAUGGCCAACGCAGGACCCAACACUAACGGAUCACAGUUCUUCAUUACGGUCGUACCUUGUCCUUGGUUGGACAAUAAGCACACCGUGUUUGGCCGUGUCACCAGGGGUAUGGACGUAACGCAGAAGAUCAGCGAAGUCAAGACCUAUUCCAAGACGGACAAGCCCCUUGAUGAGAUCAAGAUAAUCAGCAUCAGCGUCAAGUAGCUUUCGCUGGAGUAGACUCUGCCCCGAGAGAACUUGCUCUGAGGAAGCCCCUUUGAAGUUCGCUGUAAAGCAGUGGGUCUUGAGUUCUACCAGCCUUCCUUAACAUAUCUUGCUUAGUUUUGUUGAAACUUUGAGAGGAAGUUGUGAGAAAUUGACUGGAGCUGAGGUACUUUGUGUUGGCCGUUUUGCCAAAAGCGAGGCUAGAUUGGAAUUUAUGGACUCCAAUGUUUUCAGUUUCACUUUGCAAAUGGAUGAAGUAGAGCUUUUUUUGGCCUUCCAAAUGGAAAUGCUCAAAUAAAAAUACUAGUCUUUCCACUUCUUGUUACAUAUCAGUGCUCAGUCCUGGUGAAAAUGUCCUUUGUUAUAAAAAAUCCUACCUCUUUUGGGGUUGGUCAGUAAUUUUGAUUGGGCCACUUUUCUCUGUGAGGAACAACAUGCCAAUCACUGUCAGAGCAGGAUGUUUGUGCGGCAUUUACCAGUAGCUAACAUUCACUAAAUCAACGGCAAGCUGAUUCUGUGACGCAAUGAAUAUGUAUGAGGUCAGAAUCUGAUGCUGGGAUUGGAUGAAAGUUCUGGACUCAUGCACGCAGGUUCGCUCAUCGCCUGCGCCCGAACAAGGUACUGAGAAGGGCAGAUGGCCUGACACUUUGCCCGUGCCAAAGCAUUGCCAUUGACGAACCCAAAAAAUUAAUUCAUGCUUCGCUAACAGGAAGUGAUAAACUCGUGGUCGCAGGUCGUGCACAAUGUAGCCAAUCACACUGCAAAGCAAUCAGCCCUUCACAGUGCCUAUUCGGGUGCUGGGCGACGAGCGAACCACACAGGUUCGCAGUACUGGCUGCAGUCACUGUUUAUCAGGUCAUUUGUGCCUGCCCAUUCAGCGCAAGAUUCUGUUCAUGAUUUGGAUCUAUCUGGCCCAUCCAUCACGGUCAUUUCAAUCCAGCAAAUUCGUGGCCCAGAAUGGGAUACAUAAAUCUGUUUUGAAAUAUUCAAAAACUUGACAUCGAGUAAAUGCAUUGAAAAUAAUCAUGUUCAUCUCAUACACAUCAACUUGUUAUUAGAAAAUAAUAAUAAUUAGAAAUCAAAUGAAUAAGUGAAUGGUUCUCAUAAUCUAUGACUUUGAUUGUAUACUUUUGGAUAUUGUUAAUAAAAAAUGUGUUUUA